GGAACAGCUAGGUAAUCCUACUUCUUGUCCCUGUCCCUGUCCCUGUCCCUGUCCCUGUUGCUCUGGCUUCUGGAUGGGAUUUCCCCGCAACAAUUGAUCACUGGCUGAUCCGAGAUUACGCUUUCUGAUGAAUAGUUACCAAAUCGAAGGCGCUGUUGACGAGGACGGCCGUGGACCCUCCAUCUGGGACACCUUUUGCAAAAAGCCCGGUAAAAUCGCGGAUGGAUCCAACGGCGACGUGGCUUGCGACUCAUACCACCGCAUCCAUGAGGAUAUUGCCUUGCUAAAAACAUGCGGAGCCAUGGUUUAUCGCUUCUCUAUCUCCUGGUCCCGUGUUAUUCCCCUGGGAGGUAGAAAUGAUCCCGUCAACGAACAGGGCCUGCAGUACUACGUUAAAUUAGUCGACGGCCUGCUGGCUGCUGGUGUCACCCCCGUCGUUACCCUCUUCCACUGGGAUCUACCAGAUGAGCUCGACAAGCGCUACGGCGGCUUGCUCAACAAAGAGGAGUUCGUGGCGGACUACGCCAACUACGGCCGCGUCAUCUUCAACGUGUUGAGCCCUAAGGUAAAACACUGGAUCACCUUCAAUGAGCCAUGGUGUAGCAGUGUCCUUGGCUAUAAUGUCGGCCAGUUCGCCCCUGGUAGGACGAGUGACCGCAGCAAGAACCCUGAGGGUGACGGCGCCACGGAGCCCUGGAUCGUAGGCCACAACUUGCUCAUCGCCCACGGCACAGUUGUAAAGAUCUUCCGGGAAGAGUACAAACCCGUUCAUGGUGGCGAAAUCGGAAUCACGCUCAAUGGCGACUGGGCCGAACCCUGGGACCCCAAAAAUCCCGCAGACGUCGAAGCCUGCGACCGCAAGAUCGAGUUCGCCAUCUCCUGGUUUGCCGACCCUAUUUAUUUCGGCCACUACCCCGAGAGUAUGGUGAAACAGCUCGGGGACCGGCUCCCCAAAUGGACCGACAAGGAAGUUGCCCUCGUGAAGGGGAGCAACGAUUUCUAUGGCAUGAACCAUUACUGCGCGAACUACAUCAAAGCUAAGACCGGUGAGCCCGAGCUCACAGACGUCGCAGGUAACCUGGAGAUCCUGCUACAGAACAAGGCGGGCGAAUGGAUCGGUCCCGAGACACAGUCUCCAUGGCUUCGCCCGUCCGCGAUUGGAUUCCGCAAGCUCCUCAAAUGGCUUAGCGACCGCUACGACCGGCCCAAGAUCUACGUCACUGAAAACGGUACCAGUGUGAAGGGAGAGAGCGAUAGGCCGCUGGACCAGUUGCUCAAGGAUGACUUCCGCGUGAAGUACUUUGAGGAUUAUAUCGGGGCGAUGGCGGAUUCCUAUACCUAUGACAAUGUCAAUGUUCGAGCCUAUCUGGCUUGGAGUUUGAUGGAUAACUUCGAAUGGGCCGAGGGCUACGAAACCCGCUUCGGAGUCACAUUCGUUGACUACGAGAACGGCCAGAAGAGAUACCCCAAGGCCAGCGCUACGGCUAUGCCAAAUAUCUUCGCCAAGUAUAUUCAGAAGGCAUAAGUCAAAAAAGCAUGGCUGCCAAGACACAAUCAAUACUUCAUUAUACGAAUUGUAUGGGAAUAAAUGACCUAGCUAGUUUAGAGGUUCUAUAUGAAGAUGAAUGCAAUGAAUGCAAUGCAACCCAAAACCAAAGUACAAAAAAAAAGAGAGCUAAGCUCGAGGCAACUUAUGCGAGGCGGGG